GUCAGCAGGCUGCUAAACAUCUUUAGUGCGUAUUUGUGUAGGUCUUGACGUUACUCUGAUGAAGUCUGGUCAUUUUGAUGGUUCUUGAAUCCGACAAGGUUAUUUUAAAUAACUACGUAUGUUGCUUGGUAGAGGAAAAUUUGUAUGAAAUGUCCAAAUAUUUAAAGCACAGACUAGCAUCAAACAGGUAUCAUCGAUAGAUUCACUGAUAGGUGGCUUAACUGUUCGUAACGCUAAGACCGGGAUACAGUAUACCGAAUGUGAUCUCUCACAUAAGUUUCACAUAGUACCGACGUACAGGAAGUACCCUCGCUCUAGAAAAUGCCUAUCAACGCCGACAACAAUGAAAUUCCAAUGUCCGACGCGGAAUCGGACGAAAUAGUCCCAGAUCAAAUUCGACUUCGUACCCACAAAGUAAUCCUGUUGGGCGAUGCUGGAGUCGGUAAAACAUGUUUAUUCAGACGUUUCAUGGGAGAAAGUUUUCCAAAGUCGACGGCCACGACACUCAUGACUCAAGCAAGUUUCCCGAGGCGUUUUCAAGAUGGUCAAGGACAGCCUGUCGAGGUUGAUAUCUGGGAUACAGCUGGUGCCGAAAGAAUGCGUUCCAUUACAGAGACGUACUACAGACAAACAUCGGCCGCUCUCAUGGUUUACGACAUCGACAAUGCAGAAACACUAGACAGCAUUGUCUCACAUUGGGCAUUCAGCAUCCAAAGCCGGGAACAGAAUGCAAAGCUUUUUCUCGUUGGUAAUAAGCUGGACUUAGUUGAUGAGGGCGAUGGUGAGGAUACUAUUUUACAAGCGGAGAAAUACACAGUUGAAUCACAGGAUGUUGAGAUUGAGCAACAUUUCCAAGUAUCUGCCAAAUCCGAUGCCGGAGUCGAAGAGAUGUUUCACAAGAUUGCAAAGUUUUUAGAUAUGAAAAACCGUGGAAAGAGGACCAAGAGUACGAUCCAACUACCUAUAAAAGAGGAAAUCUGUGAUGGCAAUCCUAAAACUUUCAGUAUCAUUGAAUGGUUAAGAAGUAAAUGCCAGUAG